UGCAGCUGGAGACUUGUCAAGUAAAUCACACUCGAUUAACCUGCAUUCAAAGUUAGGUUAAAUAUUCUUAGACCAAGUGAAGUUGCUCUUUUUUUACGAUGGAGACUGUACCAAUUUAUCAAGUUCGUUUUAAUAGCACAUUUUGGUAUAAAACUGAUGGCGCAGUAGAGAUUUUUUUGGAAUGCUCAAAUUAUUUACCAGCAAUGAGCAUUUUAUUAAAUGCCGAGAGAUUGACGUUUUAUCAAAAUAACGCAACGAACUGUUUCUAUAAUACGGGUCUGGACCAUCAGAAUAUACAUCUAGAUAGUAAUGACGUCUUAGAAAUUCACCAGUUUCAAUUUCCUAACUGCCCAAGUUUUUCAGGAGAAACCUGUACAAAUGUACCAAGGGAAGGAACCAACUUUUAUGAAAUUAUUUCCGGCUUAUUAUCGGUACCAAACGUGAACUUUCUUGACGAGAAUCAAAAUCUUACUGCUGGAGCGACGGGUACAUCUAGAUUCGAUUACUCCUCAACAGAAUCGAAACAGUCACGUCUAGGUAAUCAUGGCAAUCAAGGUAUCGGAGAAGAGCGUAGGCCUGAAAUUCUAGUGGAAACACUAAGAGACUUUGACCAGUACUUUAAAAGAUGCAAUUCAUUUACGAACUGGCCUUUUGAUCAUCCAUUGAGUCCAAGUGAGCUGUCCAUGUCAGGAUUUUAUUAUCAAGGAACUGAUGAUUGUGUUAGCUGUUUUAAAUGUGGUGGAGGCAUACGUAACUGGGAAGAAGACGAUGACGUCUGGGUGGAACAUGCCAGGUGGUUUCCGAGAUGCAGCUACUUAUGUGGCAAAAUGGGACACGAAUUUGUCAAUACAGUGCAAGAUCUAUACCAGAAUAAUGAUCAGGUAAAACGAUAUAUGGUUCUCGAAAGACUAAAUGACCUUGAUGGCACUAUUUUCUCAGCCUAUGAAGAACAAAACUUGUGUCACUUUCACUUUGGCCAAUCAAGACGUCGAAGGGCGAUUGCUUGUAAAAAUGAACAUUGUCCUCUUAUGACAGAGAAACCAUUCUACCCUCAGUACAGUGAAUACAACGAGAGAUGCAAAACUAUGUCCUCCAAACGUAUGGCUCUUGCUGGAUACUUCUAUUAUUACCCCUGCCGAUCAUACGUCUGUUAUUACUGUGGAGACAUUCAACUUAUCUGUGACCAUACCGACAAUGUCCAGCUUGUCUUAAUGAAACACGCCAGGUCAUCCCCGUUCUGUGACUACAUUCGAAGUCGUUGCUUGUUAAGUGAACGUGCCAUUACUGUAGCACAAUACGUAAGUACUAAAAGCACAAUACGUAAGUACUAUUGCACUGUGAUUUAUAGAGAUGUGUAAUUUAAUCAAUAAUACAAUCGAGACAUAAGACAAAACUAUUCCUUAUACUGGAUGACAAGCGUUAGAACAGACACGCCCCUUCAAUAAAGUAGCCUAUUUCUUGUUGCAUUUAUUUGACCAUUAAAGUUUUAGAGAAUUAAUCAUUAACUAGUCGACCCGCGGCGUAGCAUACGCCGCUAUUUAGUGACGGAUGAACACUUCCUGAUAGACACAGUUGUCCAGAUCCAGAUGGGGUGGAGAGCGAGGAAGGCGCGGGUGCGGGCGGGAGGAGGGUUAGAGAGUCGUGCGUGCGUGCGUGGUGUUCUUAUUUCUUUUCAUCUACACUUUUUUUAAAAAUGGAAAC